CCGAAGCAUGUGUAGGGCUCCGGGCCCCUGUCCCCGCCGCCGCCGUCCGCGCCCCCGCGCCCCGCCGGCCCCGCGCGCGAGAUGAUGGACGGUCGCCUCCUGGAGCACCCGCAUGCCCAGUUCGGGGGCUCGCUGGGCGGCGUGGUGGGCUUCCCCUACCCGCUGGGCCACCACCACGUGUACGAGCUGGCCGGCCACCAGCUGCAGUCGGCCGCCGCCGCCGCCGCCGCGGCCUCGGUCCCCUUUUCCAUCGACGGCCUGCUCAGCGGCUCGUGCGCUGCGGCCGCCGCCUCGGUGGUCAACCCCACACCGCUGCUGCCUGCCGCCUGCGGGGUGGCCGGCGACAGCCAACCCUUCAAGCUUGCAGACUCGGGGGAUCCAGACAAGGAGAGCCCUGGCUGCAAGCGGAGACGCACCCGCACCAACUUCACGGGCUGGCAGCUGGAGGAGUUGGAGAAGGCGUUCAAUGAGAGCCACUACCCGGACGUGUUCAUGCGCGAGGCGCUGGCGCUGCGCCUGGACCUGGUCGAGUCCCGAGUUCAGGUCUGGUUCCAAAACCGCCGGGCCAAGUGGAGGAAGAAGGAGAACACCAAGAAGGGCCCGGGCCGGCCGGCGCACAACUCGCACCCGACCACGUGCAGCGGGGAGCCCAUGGACCCGGAGGAGAUCGCUCGCAAGGAACUGGAGAAGAUGGAGAAGAAGAAACGCAAACACGAGAAAAAACUGCUCAAGAGUCAGAGCCGCCACCUGCACUCGCCCGGUGGCCUGUCCCUACACAGCGCUCCCAGUUCCGACAGCGACAGCGGAGGCGGAGGUCUGUCUCCAGAGCCACCCGAGCCUCCGCCGCCUGCCGCCGCGGCCAAGGGCCCUGGAGCUCACAGCUCCGGAGUCACGGGUUCUGCUCCCAUACCUCCUGGCGAGCCACCCGCGCCUGGCACCUGCGACCCAGCCUUCUACCCGAGCCAAAGAAGCGGCGCCGGCCCGCAGUCGCGGCUAGGCCGCCCUGCGGACAAGGACACGGUCCCGUGCGGGCCCGGAGCGGCAGCGACCGCGGGUCUGCCUAAGGCUAGCCCGUUCAGCGUGGAGAGCUUGCUGUCUGACUCUCCACCGCGCCGCAAAGCCACCCCAGCCAACGCCGCGGCCACCGCGGGGCUGGACUUUACUCCCGGGCUGCCCUGCGCACCUCGAACCCUGAUUGGCAAGGGCCACUUCUUGCUCUACCCCAUCACGCAGCCCCUUGGCUUCCUGGUGCCACAGGCCGCGCUAAAGGGUGGAGCGGGCCCAGAGUUGGCGCCCAAGGACGCGCCACCCGCGCCGCCCGCGCCGCCCGCACCACCAGCGCAGGCCAGUUUCGGGGCCUUCCCGGGACCCGGCAGUGCUGCAGACCCGGCCUUCGCCCGUCGCAGCCCUGAGGUUGUUGCCUCCCCGGGGCCACCGGCUCCCGCACCUUUCCGGGACCUAGCAACGGCGGCAGCCGAGAGCGGUGUUGGGGACUGCGCGGACGCGGGGACCGUCUGCCCCGCGGCCCCGCCGCCCCCGCCCCUCGAAACGUCGCCAGGCCAGCACCCCAGAGCCCCCAGCCCAGCCGGGGAGCCAGCCACCUGCGUCGCCGCUGAGCCGGGCGCUGCGACAGGACCCAGCCCGACUGAGGGCGAGGAGGUGGACAUGGACUGAGCUGACACCGCGGUCGGAAGAGGCGCCUAGCCGGCCGCGCCAGCUCGCUCAGUCCCGGACUCCCUAUGAAUCAGGUGAUUGGCUCUUAGAGACACUGCUUUUCCCUCCUGCUUUUUGUUUUAUUCCUUUUAUUAUUAUUUUUAAAGACAAACGAAAACGCUGUGUCGAUGGGGACCAAGGCAGCAGCUGCAGGUCCUGGGGUGAGGUCCCCUCCUCCGGAGGGAGCAAAAGACCCCAUAUCCCCAAACCUACAAAAACCCACAACGAGAAUCCUCAGCCUUGUA